AUGGCACCCGCGCAGCUCUCGUCGGCCGCUCUGCGCGCAGUUUCCGUCCUCCUCCUGCCCGUAACGCUGUAUCUUCUGGUCCUUCUGCGGGUAUACAAUGCCUGCUUCUCCAGCCGACGCCCGGUACGAUCACCCGCAGAUUGGCAGACGAUCCUGAUCACGGCCGCUCCGUCGUCGGCAUCGACCGCCCUCGGCCUCGCCCGCGUCCUUUACACUGCCGGCCACAAGGUCAUAGUGGCAUCGCCAGAGCCGGUGGCCUACACGUCUCCCUUGCGCCUCUCGCGAGCCGUGUCCAAGUUCCGCCGGCUGGACACGCCAGGCCCUGAGCGUCGCCCCAACGACGAGCUCCGCAUCGUGCUUUCCCUCAUUCUCCACGAGAGGCCUACGCUGUGGAUUCCCGUCGAAGCGCGCGAUGCGGCCCUGCUCAAGGAGACGUUGGACGCCGAGGCUGCGAGGCCGAGACCCCGGGUGCGCUGCGCGGUGCUUGCCCCAGACAGGAGCGUCGCGCGUCUGAUGCGAGAUGAGGCGGCGUUUGCGGACUUUGUGGCUAGUCUGGGGACGGAGGCACGAGCUCCCGACGCGUACGUGGUGCGGUCCCGGAACGAGGUGCAUCGCAUCCUGAGCGGGGGCGCGUGGAAGCAACAGUUCGCGGCGGUGCGGCUGGAGCCGGAGAGCACGGCGGCGACGGUUGCGAGGAACGGGCUGCUGCCCUUCCCCGAUCAGAGCGAGGACAGCGAGGGCGACGAGGCGCGCGACGAGGUCGUGUGGCUGCCGCGCCCGUCGAUGAACGAGACGUACGAGCAGGUGGCCAGCCUCAGCAUCUCGAGGGAGCAGCCGUGGAGGCUGCGCCAGGCCGUCGACGGCGAGCGCUACACGGCCCACGCCCUCGUUCUGCGUGGCGCCGUUGCGACGUUUGUCGUGUCGAGGCCGCCCGACGACGGGCCGCAGACGCCUUCGUCGGCUCGCGCCUCGACUCCCGCCGGCUCCGCCUCUUCGGCCGCCAUCUUGCCGUCGGCCUCUCCGCUGCACUCGUCCCUGCUGGCCUUCACGCGCGCAUCCGCCGCCGCCCUCCCCACCGCCCCUUCCACCCACCUCAGCCUCAACUUCGCCGUCGCCACAGCCCCUGCUUCCACGGGCACCACGACGCGCUUCCGUCCGCUCGCCUGCGCCGCCGUGCCUCCGCCAUGCUUCCCCCGCGACUCUGCCGCCGCUGCUCGUCUUGCCGCCCUCUAUCUCUCGGCUGCCGAGCGUGACGCGUCCGCCCCUGCUGCGUUGCCUGCCCCGCCCUUGACUGCGCAAGCCGUCAUUGCAUCCACUGCGCGCCCUCGUACGCCCACAGAACCACGCCCGAGAUCCGUCGCCGCCGUGGGCGCGCUCCCGACGCCGCCAGGCAGCCCCUGCUCGCCGUCGCCUCCUCGGUCGGAGAAGCAGCACUACCAGCAGCACGCCAAUCAUGACGGCAGCUUCAACAUCGCGACGCCGCGCCCCUCUCCCCGCACCUACCACUCGACGCCCGCAGCUACCCCCACGCGACAGCUGCCUUCGGUCGUGCACCUCGCCCCUCUCUCUGUCGUGCCGCCCUCCUCGUCCCCCGCGGCCUCCUCGGCUCCGCCGCCAGGGACGCACCAUCUCCCCCACACCCUCCUCACUCUGUUCCUUCUUCCCCUGCUGUCUCUCUUCUCCCUCGUGUUCGGCCCUCGGGCCUUCGGCCCGGCACUCAAGGACCUGAGGCACAGCGCCCUCGAGGCGGCGCGCCGAGCGUUCGAGUGGGAAGACCGCGUGUGGUGCGCCUGGGACAUGGGGCCGUGGGUGUGGUGGUGGGGCUGGGGCGGCGUUUGGGGCGGCGUCGAGUAG